AUGCUCGCUUUGCUGGAAACGCGUCGGUUGGACCUCCAAGGAGCCCAGAGCUACUUGAAGUCCACCGACGUCGCUUCCGAGACCGACGUGGUGCGGAUGGUCCGCAUCCUGAACACGGAGAUCUUCCAGACCGUGAAGCUGAUGGCGUCCUCGUUCACCGUGGUCGAUGACCCCAUGGUGGCCACGCAUGCUGCAGAUUCGUUGCGCAGUGUUCUUGGUCGGGCCGUUACAGAUUUGUUGCUCUCCUUCCCCAACCACCACGAUGACACGAUCGUUCUAGAGAUAUCUCUUCAGUCCGUUAUCGUGCUCGUCGUGAGACUGAUUAUCUCAUCGUGGGACCUCUCAGCAAGGACCAGCUUAAACAAGUCUCUCACUGGUGCCUAUAUAAGAUUGCUUGCCUCAGAGGAUCAGAGCGUCGCUGCCAGGUGGCGAUCGCUGACACUCAGAUACCUUCCACAAGAGUCGGCGGACGGGAAGAGCUGGAUGACGUUCUUCAACGAGGAGCUCGCAACGUUCUUGUCGGUCGUUUUCAACCUCGCGGGCGGACGCGGAGACGUUCCUGGUGCUGCUCGAGACAACAUUCACAACAUUGUCUCCACUGCGUUCGAGCUCCGCAGGAUGCUGUCCGACGACAUCCUUGGCGCUGAUUACGUCGUCACGCUCGGCGUAACCGGUAACAGCUUCUCGUCGGAGGCCAUGGACGACGCAUACCCUACGAGGGGUCGACGGCCGAAAGCGGGCACUCGCAUCCUCUGUCCAUUUGAGCUUGGUCUUCACCGGUUUGACAAAGUCGACGAAGAGUUCGAGGAGACGUUGAAAGAGUCGGUUGUGAUUAGGCCCAAGGUCGUUCUCGAGUCAUUGAUUGACGAUCUCAAGACUGGAUAG